UGCGUUUAAGUAUGUGGAGUAAUUUCUCUUCAAUUGCUUGUCGAUUGACUGGAUAAGUGAGGAAUAAAAUGCAGCAAAAUAGUAACUGCGCCAUUUGCAGUUAUCCGUUGGCGCGCGGCAAUUGCAGGAUCGUGGGGAAGAAGGGAAUUAGUACACUGAUCACACAGAGCAAACGCGCGGAAGACAAAAAAUGGUUGGAUUGGGAAAAAAAAGGAAAAACUGGACUGCCAUGAGAAGUGUAGACUUUCAUACUCGGUCAGUGGAACGUAUACUCAGCAUUUUGCGUUGAAUGCACCAAAUAACAAUGUCGUAGCUGCAAG